AGUCAUGAUGGCUUUCUUUGUGCUUCGUGCUCUGCUUUUCACCCUCACUGCUGCCUUUUCAGUACAUGCAGACAUGAAACUGGACUGCCAGCGUGACUUCAUAUCUCUGGUGUGGACAGACCGCAGAUAUCAGGUCGAUACCUCCCUCUUUCGUCUCGGUAACUGUUUCCCCACCAGUUUAUCGGCUACAGAAGCUGUUUUCAAAGUGCAGCUCAAUGACUGUAAUUCUGUGAGAGCGGUUUCUGGAGGUCAGAUUGUGUACAGUAAUAAUCUCACCUACGUCUCUUCUCCUGAUUCUCACAUACAAGGCUUCACCAUCCCGGUGGUUUGUGAGUAUGAGAGGCCUAAAGACUGGUAUCGUCAGAUGUAUGAUCCUGUCUUUAACACACAUGGUCUGGGAGAACUGGUCUUCCACAUUGGACUAAUGAACGAGGAUUUCUCGGGUCCGGCUGAAUCGACAGCUUUUCCUCUGGGCUCCAUUAUUCCAAUCAUGGCCAGUGUGGAGCAGAGAUCCCAUCAGCCACUGCUUCUGCUUCUGGAGGAAUGUGAUGCUACAAACACACCAGAGCUGUCACCUGAAAGCAGCGUACACACAAUAAUCACCAAUAAAGGGUGUUUUGUCGAUGGGAAAAUUUCUCGUUCAAAGUUUGAACCAAGGCAAAAGUCAUCAGAAAUCCAGAUGUCCCUUCAAGCUUUUAGGUUUGCUCAAGGAGAAGAGGUAUUCCUUCACUGCAAACUUGUAGCUUGGGAUCUGAACGGUCUUGACAACACGAAGAAGGCCUGCAACUAUAACAAAGAGCAAGGUUGGGAACUGCUGGACAACCCUGCAUUUAGUCAUUUAUGUUACUGCUGUGACUCCAGCUGCUUAUCAAGGAAGACGAGGAGCGCGGUGCCAGAUGAACAUAGAAUAGCACACAAGGCAGUUCUUGGUCCCCUUACCAUUACUGAUGAAAAUUCCUGA